AUGUCAGCUCUUCAAUCCAAUAUUCGUGUUUUUAUACAGUGGAAGGAACAAACUGUAUUCGCUGGCGAAGAUAUAGAGUGUCAAAUUACUUUCAAAAAUGUUGCGACGACUCCGCCAUCAUCAAAAUCAUCAUUAAAUUCAUCCGGAUCCAAUGCGUUCCUUCAGUCACCCGAAAGGCACAGAAGACCUCCGUCGCAGAUUAAGAAUUCCUCCUUGAGUCCACGAUCUGGUAUUCCAAACAGAGGUGACCAUCGAUCAUCUCUUUCCUUGACGGUACCACCCGAAUCAGUACAUUCAAAACAAUCGGAACAAUGGAGUCGUGGAGUAUCGAGGUAUGGGAGAGGAGGAGAAGGGCACAAGCGGUCCCUGUCUAUCAUAUCGAUGGGAGCUAGUGAGAGUGCUGCCGAUGAAGCCGCCAGUCACGGAAGCUUGGCUGAGAGGUCUGAUAGAGGUGAAAGAGGUCAUGGCCGGUCUGCAAGCUUGCAAAUCGUUCCGCGAAGGAAUGGACUUAAUGGAGGACCUAUGACAGCACCACUUAACUCCCGAAUACCUCCGCAUUCUUCUCCGACGAUGGGCUCGUCUUUCCCACCGAAUUCAUCCGUACCGAAUACCCAACGACGACAUACAGGUACAAGUACUGUGCCAGGUACAACAGGACUUGGAGCACAUGUUGCAAGACGUAAAGAAUCUAUUCCACUUGCUCCGGCUUUUAAAUUUCCCUCUUCGCCGACGCAUAGCCGGCGAAACUCACAUGUUGAAGAUGAUAGCGCAAGCUACAAAUCUCAUGAUAACAAUCGAUUGCUCUCGCCAAGGUCGAGAGACACUACUCUUAGUAUACCGGACCAGAUAACCCCGGCACCUAUAGCAAGAAUACUCUCACCCUCUAGUAUGGGGGGAACACCACGAAGUAGCGGGGAAUUCUACACUCUAAGCAACAACUCAACGGAAACUCUCGUCUCCGAAUACUUGCCACAACCAUCAAAUCGAAUGCCUCCGUACAGUGGGCACCAUAUAAAACGAUCUUCGAACCUAGCUCCAAGUAGCAAUCACAAGGCACCAGAAACUUUGAUGAUGGGUUACGCUCAAAUACAUGGGUCUUUUAUGCUAGAUCCAGCUUUAAUUAGUCAAGCACCAUUUGAAGAAGUGAAACGGAAAGGUGCAGUCGGUGGGCAAGGUGGUGGUGUGAUUGGAGUCGAAACCAAUAAGAGAGACAGUGGCCUCUUGCGAACCUUUGGUUGGGGGAGCAUAGGUGAAUCUAUCGGUGGUCUAUUAGGAAGUGGCGAGCUCAGUAGCAUUAAAGAUAUGCGAGUCAUCGGCACUCAAAGACCAGGAGGUGCCAAAGAGCAACAAGUCAAGUCCGUUGAAAUCCCAUUUAGACUCCUAGGGAGUGUGAAUUCUCAUGGAGAGCUUCUUGGGCAUGAUCUCAUGUUACCUUAUAUACUACUUCGAGAUCAAGCCCGAAUUCAAACCAUUAAUAUACCAUCCAACGAGGGCUUGAAUUUAUCACCAAAAACGCUUUCGAUUAAUACACAUAAAUCGCAAAAACCAAACGAUUCUAAUCUAAGCGAUUUCCUUGCAUAUGUUGAUGAAUUGAUUUCGAAGCCACGAAGAAAUUCUAGCUUUGGCCUAUUAUCACCCACAGACACUAUAGGAUCCAGGCAUCAGUCUAUCAUUGAAGAACCUGCAACUGCAAAAGAAGCUAUUGAUAUGGCCAUCCUUCGCAGUAACAUCGCCACAGAAUCCCGACAAAGUGCGAAUCGAUUCGAAAUCGCUCGUGGUGGAAAGCGAGUUGCGGUAGUCAUGUUAGCUAGACCAGCAUAUCGUCUAGGUGAAACCAUCACUGUAGCUAUCGAGUUUACUGAUGCUGGAAUUCCCUGUUAUGCAGUCCAUUGUGCUUUAGAAACAUCCGAGAAGGUUGAUCAAUCUAUCGCACUACGUUCAGAAGCAAGCAUAUUUCGUGUCACUCGCCGUGUUCACGUUUCGCAUUCGGAAUCUACUCUCUUUGCUCGCCGCAUAGUUUUUUCUCCUACAAUUCCUGUCACGGCAACUCCUGAGUUCAUCACUAGUGGCGUAUCACUCGAUUGGCGUAUUCGCAUAGAAUUUGUUACACCUAGACUAGCAACCAUUGAUAAUGAGGUUAUUGAUUUAUCCCCGGCAUUGUUGGAAGAAUAUACGAAUGAUGAACGCGGGGUGAUCUAUGCAGCAGUUCAAGGACUUGAAUGUGAAAGCUUCGAGGUUGCUGUUCCAAUUAGAGUAUAUGGUGCUUUGGCUGGCACUACAGAAAAAGAAGAAAGCGAAGGAAUGGGCCUUGUUGUGUAA